ACGGCAUGUACUUUAGUUCAAUGUUCAAUCAAUUGAUGGAUUGAUGGUGCUACAUGCGUGAUCCACGUUGCCACCUGCUCAAAUGAAACCAUGGACGAAGAAGUGUCAAGGUGGUGCGCGAAGCUAACCGAGGCGGUCAGUGUUGCAAUGAAGCCUGAAGUGGUUCAAGAAAGGCGUCUGCAGGCUUAUCAGCUUUGUGAAGAGUUUAAGGAAACUGCACCAUACUCUCACUGCAUGGCUUGUGGUCAACAACUUGCUUCUCUCAGAAACCCAACGGUCAUCAGACAUUUUGGCCUACAGCUUCUAGAGAAUUGUGUUAAAUUUCAGUGGAUCAAUGCAGGUGCAUCAGACAAGCAGGCCUUGAAGGAAUAUGUGUUGAGCUACUUUCAGAAUGGGACCCAUGAUCUGCUGGAGGAACAAAUGUGCAUCAAAGAUGGUUUAUCUCGCAUCCUGGUAGAAAUGAUAAAAAGAGAAUGGCCACAGCACUGGCCAACAUUGAUGUCUGAAUUCAACAUGCUAUGCUCCCAUGGGGAUACCCAAACAGAACUGGUUCUUCUUGUGCUGCUCCGAUUGGUGGAGGACGUUGUGGCCUUCCAGAACCUUCAGACAAGUCGGAGAAGAGAUAUCCUGCAAGCGCUGACGUCUCACAUGGCCGAACUGUUCACAUUCAUGGUUCAUCUGCUGACGCAUCACAUCGAAAGAUUAAAACAACUCCAAAAUCAAUUACCCGGUGCUGAGAAAGAGCUAGCAAGCUCCAUCCGAGUUUCUCAGGCAGUUCUACUGACAUUGACUGGAUAUGUUGACUGGGUCGCAAGCCAACACAUAUUUGCUGACAACAAUGCACUACUGUCAACGUUGUAUUCUCUGCUCAACAUACAAGAGUUGAAACGUCCUGCAGCAGAGGUGCUUCAGCUCAUCGUCAACAGAAAGGGCAAACCAGAAGAGAGGUAUCCCCUUCUUGUCUUGUUCAGUGCCGAUGCGAUCAAGACCAUUCUUGCAGCUGCCCAAAAUGCGUGCUCAGCUGGGUUGGAUGAGGAAAAUUACAUCUUUAUGAAACGACUCUGUCAGGUUUUGACAGGGCUGGGCGCCCAGCUCUGCAUCUUAUGGGGCUCAGAGUUGAAGGAUGUUGGUCGGCCUGAAAGCUUUCCAGAUUUUCUGGAGACGUUGCUGGCUUUCUUGGGCCAUCCCAGCAUGCAUCUGUGCUCCGUGAUUGUUCCUCUUCUGUCUGCAUUUUUUCGCCAUGAUCAGAUCUCUCUCGAUCCAAGUCUUCAAGGAAAAGUGCCACAGAUCCUGCAGAUACUGACAGCAAAACUGCAAAAGGUUGGUUACCCAUCAAGGGAUGACUCUCCUACUUGUACCUACUCCUUGCUGGAUUAUGACAGUGAUGAGGAAUUCUCGUACAGUUUUUCCAUUCAUCGUACUCAUCAGACAGAGUUAGUACGUCUCGUCACAGAUCACUGCCCUCUCUUGACCUUCCAAGUAGCUUGUGAUUGGUUCAGGCAACUCAUAGUCUCACCAAUCGACAUUGAACCAGGAAAAGAAACGUGCACGCCACAUUCACCAUCCUGCAUAGGCUGGGAUGCUCUGACCUGCUUCAUGGAGAAUGUACUCGCUAGGCUCUUUCAGAGUGAUGUGUUGACUGAAAUUACUCCACAACUAGUGCAACUUCUACAAAUGACACUUUCAUUUCAAACUGAGGACCCCACCCUUCUCUCCUAUGUGUUAUCUACAAUUUCAACAUUGUUUCCAGUUGUCAAAGAGAAACCAGAGCUCAUGAAUGCUUACCUUGAUAAGAUUUUUUCAGCUGCCGUAUUCUCACUACCUGGACAAACGAAGAAGACGAGGACGCGACCCGUACAGAAUGUCCGCAGACAUGCAUGCUCCGCCUUGGUCAAGAUAUGCCGAGACAACUCAGAAUUCAUGGUGCAUUUCUUUGAUGAACUCUACCGCCGUAUCAAGCUGUUGAACGGAGAUCAGGACCAACUGACACAAUUGGAGAAAAGCACCCUGAAUGAAGUCCUGAUCUUGCUGAGCAACGAGUUCAACGAUCUGGACAAGCAGAGUGCUCUCAUCCAAGAGAUCAUGGAACCAGUCACGGGUGUCUGGAUGGCAGAUGCAAUGAAAGAAGUUUUUGGGAAUGGAAAUAGAUUUCUUGAGCAUAUUGGACUCUGCAAGGCACAGACAUCUCCACCACAGGAUGACAAACAAGGAGCCAAUAGGGCAACUAUAUUAGCUUGCAUAUCAACCAUGAUGGCAGUGAUGAAACGGAGUAAACGGCCACAUGACCCGCAGAAAUUGGCUGGUGAUUUCCAUGCUUCAUCCGGUAUCGUGAGUCGAGAUCCAUGUUGCCUUCACAUAUUGCCAUUAUUGGAUAACGUACUUGCUCUAAUGAGAACUAUGAAUGCAAUAUGGUCUCCAGAAAUCAGAGCGACAAUUCCUGUGGAGUUUUUCAAAGUCUUUGAUAUUCCUGAGCAUGACAAAAAUGCAGUGUUAGGUUUAACUCAGCCAUCCGAUAACUAUGAGCUUCCAGCUAACAGGUCCACCGCAGAAAAAAUUCAGAGUUUCCUGUCGACUGCCCAGGAAAACUGUUGCCACGUCUUGGCCAGUGCAUGUGACAGCCUGGGAUAUGAGUUGUACAGCUUUCAUCCCUUCAUUGCACAACUUGUCCAGUCUGCGCCUUUCUUGCUGAAUCAUGCACCUGACUACAAACUGCGACCGGUUAUCCGUGUUUUCAUGAAGUCAUUAGUCUUGCACUGUCCUGUAGAUUGCCAAGACCAAGUCUUGCUGCCAGUUCUGAACUGCCUGUGCGCUUUCAUGCUCCAAAGGUUGAGUCUUGCGUGGGACGCUGUCAAUAAACGAAUUGGCAUGGGGGAGGAAUCUGAGAGCAGAGAGGCUAACCAGGAAUCACAGGAGAUUAUAGACGAGAUGUUCCUACGACUCAUCACAAGGGAUUAUCUGGAUCUCUUGAGUACUGUAUUCAAGAAGAGAAGUGCAGGUACAGGCUACAGUGGGAGUGAUAUCCAGAUGGAAACCGUGGAUUCUGAAUCGGUAGCCUCCGCAGAGGGAGGGCAUAAGGCCACAGAACCGGAACAACUUGGGGAGCUUGGCAAAAAGAUACUACAACAUGAGUCUCUCUGUAAAAGUAUGGUCAUGUGCAUCUAUUCAUCACUGUCAUGGAAUGAUACACAGACAUGCACUAAGUCACUAAACAUGUGCUGGCCAAUAUUUCAACAGAUAGUAGAUAGGCCUAUUCUUCCUGGUGCUGUCAAGUAUCUGUUCUCCUGUCUGCUACUUGGUCUUGAAGUCCAUGGGCAACACGAAACCUGUACAUCCUUGCUUGUUCAGAAGACCUUCCAACACUAUGAAAUUUUGAGGCCCAGAUUUGAUAUCCUCCAAGAAGUCAUGUUACAGAUUCCGGGAGUCACGCGAGAGAUACUUCAGACAUUUGACCAUCGGUUUAUAUUCAAUGAGGAGCAUAAGAAACCUAUCAGCGAAAAAAGUAGACGAGACAACUUCAAAAAAAUGAUCAGCGGAGUCAUUGGUAGACAUAUCGGUCAGAUGUUCAGGAGAGAGAUCAUAAUCAAAGACUUGAAGCCUGUCAGAAAACCAGCAAAGCGUAGCACCACAGACUUUACAGAGAAUGCAGAUAUUGGGCUUGUUGCCUUGUUUGCCCACGAUGAUUCCUGAGCAUAAAUGUCAUGCAAGCUUGCCUUUCAAUACAUCA